UCUAAAGGCUGAAAAAGAAAAUGAAGUCCAGUUUGAUGAUUGCAAUCUUGUUCAGUCUGGUUGUUCCACCGAUCGUCAUGUCGGCCAACUGCAAGCAGUCUAAAAGAGCUAACCAGUCCUCCUGUCCACGUCUCACCACUCUGGCAGGCAUACCUGGAAUACCUGGUGCCCCUGGACGUGAUGGUCGCGAUGGACGUGAGGGUAUUCAAGGAAAACCUGGUCCCCAAGGACCUGCUGGACAACAAGGAGCAACAGGAACUCCAGGGAAAAGAGGAAAAACCGGCGCACGUGGACCUAAAGGACCUAAAGGAGAUCGUGGACCUGUGGGACUGUCCUCUCGUUCCAACUGGAAGGAAUGUGUUUGGAAAAGCAUCAACGAUGGGAGAGACAACGGACUGAUAAGAGUUUGUAUCUUCUACAAGAAACGAAGCGAUACUGUCCUGUUUGUCUACUGGAACGGUGAUUUUAGAGUAAGCUUUUGUCUUUUGUGCUGUAAACGGUGGUUCUUUACAUUCAAUGGAGCUGAGUGCAAGUCUCCGGCAGCCAUCGAAGGAAUAGACCAUCCUGCCCAUGGAAUUUCAAAGAGAAACGUCCACAGCGUAAAAGUCAUUCAAGGUCACUGUGACAAGCUCAACAAAGGACGUGUGCGCGUUGGAUUCAAUGUAGGCAACUGUGCCGGGUCUGGGUUUCGUAAAGGUAGACAUAAUACCNNCACCGGAUGGCACUCCGUCAGCCGUGUGUAUGUAGAGGAGGUACCCAGGCCACAACCGUGAAGCAACUAUCAAGAAAUGGCCGACACGAUAUUCAUAAGUAAUAAGCAAUAAAUAAUUAAUCUUAAAUAAACAAUUGAUGCAAGGUUUUGCUAAGAUAACUAUUUAUAUAAUUAAUGUAAUCAAAAGAUGCUUGACCAAAUGGAUUAAAUCAUAUCAUUACAA